AUGCCACUCGCAAGUCCUAUUCGACGGGUAGCUGUAAUAGGAGCAGGGCCCGCUGGUCUCGCUUCUGUGAAAUAUCUUCGAGCCGAGAACUAUUUUGAACAAAUUGAUGUCUUUGAACAGAGGAGCUCAGCUGGGGGUACCUGGAAUUACACCCCACCGUCUGUCAAAUCAAGUAUAUCAACUCCAGUGCCCCAUUUGAACCCUCAUGAGCCAGUAGAGGAGCCUAUAUGGAUCAACCAAGCUCAAGGGGCUCGUGAAGCGAGCUUUGUUUCCCCGGUAUACGACAAACUAGAAACAAAUAUUCCGAAGGAUUUGAUGAAGUUCUCUGAUCAGUCUUUUCCAGAAGAAGCCCAACUUUUCCCCACGCAUGGUACUGUGAAGAAUUACCUGGAUAACUAUUCAACGGAUGUCAAAGGUUUUAUCAAAUUCAAUACGCAAGUCAAAAAUUUGAGAUUGCAUGACGCAAAACUUAGCAACUGGGACUUGACCACUGCAAAUCUCCACAAUGGAUCCGAAACAACAUCCACGUAUGAUGCUGUGGUUGUUGCAAGUGGCCACUUUACCGUACCGUACCUGCCAGACGUUCCGGGGAUACAAGCUUGGGAUAAAGCGUACUUGGGGGCUAUAUCGCAUUCCAAAUUUUAUGAUUCCGCUCAAUACUUUCGGGACAGGAAAGUAGUUGUCGUGGGAAAUUCGGCUUCGGGGCUUGAUAUCGGAGCCCAGAUUAAUGAGUUCAGCAAGGGCAAGGUCAUCGUCUCUCAAAAGGCCCCGUCAUAUUUGGCCUCUUCAAUGCCAUCCGAUAAAUUGAUUCGUCCCGAAAUUGCGUUGUUUCUCUCACCUACAGAAUAUGAUAGAGGGAUUCAAUUCGCAGAUGGCCAUAUCGAGGAACAGGUCGAUGCUGUCGUUUUUUGCACGGGAUACUUUUAUUCGUUUCCCUUCUUAUCAUCUCUGCAACCGCCAGUCGUAACCGAUGGCUUGCGCACGAGGAAUGUCUAUCAACAACUUUUUUAUAUCGAGCAUUCAACUCUUGCAUUCCCAGUACUUCCACAGCGCAUCAUUCCGUUCCCUGUGUCAGAGAACCAAGCUGCGGUCUUAUCUAGAGUAUGGUCUGGAAGAAUUUCUCUUCCCGAGACCGGAGAUAUGAGAACAUCAUUAGAGGAUGAAAUUAUGCAGAAAGGCGAUGGGAAGACCUUUCACCUACUACCAUUCCCUAUGGAUGCGGACUAUAUGAACCAUCUAUACCACUGGGCGGCGGGAGCUGAGACACGUGCUGGACUGGUCAACGACGGGCAGGGAAAACUGGGGACAUACUGGGGACCAAAAGAGCGGUGGAUGCGAGCUCUGUUCCCCGAUAUUCGACGAGCAUUUGUUCAGAAAGGGGACAAACGGAGUGAAGUCAAGACACUCGCAGCCCUUGGUUUCGAUUUUGAAGCCUGGAAACUGGAGUAG